AUGGCAGCACCAGCUGAAAAGACAAUGAACAAUCUCACCGGAAAAUGGACCUUGAAUAAAGAUCUGUCCGAGAACCCUGAUUCGAUUUUCGCCCUUCAAGGAAUUGGUUAUCUUACCCGUAAGGCCAUUGGUUUGGCACCAGUCACACUUGAGAUGAAGCAGUAUGAGGCGGCACCGAAUUCGCCAAGUACGGCCACGGACCAGGUGACACAUGUCGACAUGGUCCAAUUAGCGGCCGGUCUCAAGGGAGUCCAAGAGGACCGGUGUAUGGAUAAUGUGUUUCGUGAGUCCAGUGACUGGAUUUUCGGUACAACGCAAUGCCAAUCCAGAUGGGCAAAGGUCGAGGAAAUCGACGAUGAGUUUCUGAAAGAUGGUUGGUUUGUCGAGGGUGAAGACAGUGCCCUCAUAUUUAGCCACACAGAGAGCAAGGCUAAUGGGUGGACUCUUACGCAGGUGUGGGGGUUUGAGAUGGUGAAUGGGGAGAGGAGGUAUUGCCGACGCAUGGUGGCCAAGAAGGGCAGCAAGAGAGCCACGGUGCGAAUGGUUCACAAUUAUGUCUCGUAG